AUGGCAAUCAUGGACGCUGAAUACAUGACCCAGACAAAGGGUCCACGCAUUCUAGGGGUUUUCUGGGCGUUCUUCAGUGUAAGUGUGGUGAUGGUAUCCUUGCGGCUUUAUAUCCGAGCCCGGAUGUUAAGGAACAUUGGACUUGAUGACUAUAUCAUCGUUUUCGCCAUGAUCAUGGUCGCCAGUUAUACAAUUCUCACCACGUUGAAUGUCGUUCUGGGCUACGGGAGCCAUACACCUGUUUUGAUGGAGAGAGGCGGCAUGGACUUGGUCGAACGCAUUCUAGUCAUUAAUUAUGCCGACUUUGCACUAGGAAUCAUGUCCUUUACAACUCCAAAACUCGCAGUCGCUGCUCUCCUGAAUCGCAUCAUGAAUCCCACCCGCUUUCACCGAAUAUGGCUAUGGGUAUUGACAGGUUCGGUGUUCGUGGCGUCGAGCAUCUGUAUCAUCGUUCUCUUCACCAUGUGUGAUCCUCCCCAGGCUUUAUGGAAAAUUCGUCUCGUGUCUGAAGGGGCAAUAUGUCGUCCGACCAAGAUCCUGGUGGGCUUUGCAAUCUUCACUGGAGUUCUGUCCGCGGUGGUCGAUCUGUAUCUUGCAAUUUAUCCGACUGUGAUAUUGCUACGACUCCAAAUGUCGUUUAAGAAAAAGUUGGCCCUGUGCGCAGCUUUGGGUUUGGGCGCCGUAGCCUGUGCAAUGGCUAUUGUCAAGUGUCUACAGCUACCAGGUUUAUAUAAUAAAGAAGACUCGACAUAUGGAACAGCAGAUCUUGUUAUCUGGACGAGUGUCGAAUCAAACAUUAUCAUUAUGGCGUCCUGCAUCCCAACCCUGGGUCCGAUGUACGAAAUGAUCCGAGGCAAACGUUCCUGGAGUUCUCACGCGCGAUAUGAGAGCAGCAAGUUGCGCUCGGACACGGAUAGACCCGUAAAGAAAUCGGCAAGCAACAAUCGCGAGGACGACGAUAUCCUUAUGACCACCAAUAUUGGGGCUACGGGGAGCGGUAGCCAGGAAAGCAUCUUGAAUUCGGAUCAACUCCAAACAGAGGUCCACAUGGCCGGCAAGAUUCAUCGCACGGAUCAGGUAAAGAUUGAGUAUGGGACAAGACCUGAAGGCGACCACGAGCCACGACCUUCAUGGUAG